AUGUCGGUCUCAGUGGUGGUGGAACGGGCGACGGAGACGAUCGGGGAAUCCCCACAUUGGCUGCCGGACAGAAAGAGCCUUCUUUACGUUGACUGUCUGAUAGGAGGUGUCCGGAUAUGGGACUCGAUGACCGGACAGGUGAACAAGGUUCACCUAAAGGGCUGUGUCGGUUUUGCGGCACCCCAUAAAGAUAACCAUUACGUCAUUGGUCUAAAUCAGGACUUGUGCUCUUUGGAUUGGAACAGUCAGAAUAUCACGAGGCUUGCUUCCGUUGACAGCGGGCUACCAACCCGAGUGAAUGACGGGAAAUGUGACGCGAACGGUCGGCUUUGGGCAGGUACAAUGGGAUUGUUCAGUGCCUCGCCACUCGAUGACCCACUGGAGAAGCGAGGUCAUGGCUCCUUCUACUCGCUGGAUGCAGACGGCAAUGUCAAGCGUCACAUGUCUAGCCUGAAUAUUUCUAAUGGGUUGGAAUGGUCCACGGAUAGCCGGGUUAUAUACCACAUAGACUCUGUUCCAGGAACACUAACAGCUUAUGACUUCGAUCUCUCUGCCGGAUCUUUAUGUAACCCGCGGGUGAUCCUGGAGAGCCGGCCUGAUACCCUGGCUGAGAUGGGCCGGCCGGACGGCAUGACGGUGGACAUGGAAGACAAGCUGUGGGUGGCGUGUAUCACAGCUGGCAAGGUGAUCCGACUAGACCCGGAAACAGGGAAGGUUCUGCGGACUGUGUCUGUUCCUGCCAUAAAAGUGACAUCGUGUUGUUUUGAGGCGAGGGGAUGGACGAAUUGUACGUGACGUCUGCCCGUAGUGGACUGACGGACGACCAGCUGAAGGCAUCCCCGCUCUCAGGGUCCGUGUUCCGGAUCUCCGGGUUGGGGGUUAAAGGCAAACCUUCCUACAACUACGGCGGAUA